UUUGCAGUUGUCAGAUACAAAACUUCAUUCCACGUGAUGAAUCAAUUCAAAAAAAUCGAAUAAAUCAUACAAUUGAAACAAAAUGCGUAUUGAAUCGUGCUAUUUUUGUUCUUCUCGCAUAUACCCAGGCCACGGCAUCCAAUUUGUCCGGAACGAUUGCAAGAUUUUCAAAUUCUGUCGAUCCAAAUGCCACGCAGCAUUCAAAAAGAAGAAGAAUCCACGUAAAGUCAAAUGGACGAAAGCAUACAGAAAGACAGUGGGUAAAGAAUUGGCCAUUGAUCCGUCCUUUGAGUUUGAAAAGAGGAGGCAUACCCCACUGAAAUAUGACCGACAGACAUGGACUAAGGCUAUAGAUGCGAUGAAAAAGGUCGAACAGAUUAAACAGAAGAGACAGGGAACUUACAUAAUGCAGAGGUUGAGGAAAGGAAGAGAACUUGAACAAGAAAGAGACGUGAAAGAAGUACAGAGAGAUUUGUCACUUAUUAAAUCACCCGCUGCUGGUCUUAAAGAAAGGAAACAAAAGGAAGCUGCUGAUGAAGAAAUGCAAGAGAGUGAGGAGGAAAUGGAAGGAGUUGUUGAAGACUGUGGUGAAGUUACUUUGUAAUUAAAUAAACAACUUUAUUUCAA